AUGUGUGAGAGUCUCAAGAACGAGUACCAACUUUUUGAAGAGAUCGGCCGUGGUAGAUUCGGUACUGUCUACCGCUGCUUCAGCCCAUCUUCCGGUGAGUUCUUCGCCUGCAAAACCAUUGACAAACGCCUCCUUACAGACCCAACAGAUCGCGAGUGCUUGGAAAAAGAACCCAAAGUUCUCCAACUCCUCAGUGGAAACCCCCACAUACUCCAAAUCUACAAACUCUACGAGGACGAGAACUAUCUCAACAUCGUCACUGACCUGUGUGAAUCCCCUGAUCUUUACGAGAGAAUCACCAAAUCUACCUUCACAGAGUCCGAAUCUGCGACGAUUCUGAAAUCGCUGAUCUCGGCGAUAAGUUUUUGCCAUCAUAUGGGUGUUGCUCAUAGAGAUAUAAAGCCUGAUAACAUAUUGUUUGAUUCGAGAAACAGAUUGAAACUGGCUGAUUUUGGGUCGGCGGAGUAUUUCGGCGCCGGUAAUGAGAAGGGGACUAUGAGAGGGGUGGUUGGUACGCCGUACUAUGUGGCGCCGGAGGUGUUGAUGGGGAGAGAGUACAAUGAGAAGGUUGACGUGUGGAGUGCUGGUGUGAUUUUGUACAUAAUGUUGGCCGGAGUUCCGCCUUUUUACGGUGAGACGGCGACGGAGACUUUUGAGGCGGUGUUGAGGGGAAAUUUGAGGUUUCCGACGAGGAUUUUCCGGUCAGUAUCUCCAGAGGCGAAAGAUCUGCUGAGGAAGAUGAUCUGUAAGGAUGUGUCCCGGAGGUUAUCUGCCGAUCAAGUUCUCA